GCAACGCGCCAUUGAAGGAAACUGUGCAGCGAGAAGUGGGAGUUAACUUAAAAUUUGUGAUUUACCACUCUGGUUAAGACGAAUCUAAAGGUUACACUGUGUAAAAUGGAGUUUCACAGUAUUUUGUGAACAUCUGCUGGACUUUACAAGGAGAACCCAAAGACUUUACAGGAUCUGCGAAGUCUCUCAUCUGGCACGGCAACUCAGGACCGUUUUCACCUGUUAGCCACCACACCAGCUAACUAGGCAGCGUCAAUGAGAUUUGUCAUCACCCAUUUCUCUCAUCCGUCCUGUGAAGAUUUAGACACCAACUUCCUGAAGAUGAUGGGAAACUGACACCAAGAGUGAAAUAUUUUCUCAGAACGUGUGACGGAACUAUAAAAUAAAAAUGUCUAUCACCAACACUCCUACCAGCAACGAUGCCUGCUUAAGCAUCGUCCACAGCCUGAUGUGCCACAGACAGGGUGGCGAGAGUGAGACGUUUGCAAAACGAGCCAUCGAGAGCCUGGUGAAAAAACUAAAGGAGAAGAAGGAUGAGCUUGACUCCCUCAUCACAGCUAUCACUACCAAUGGUGCCCACCCCAGCAAGUGUGUGACCAUUCAAAGGACACUUGAUGGACGGCUACAGGUGGCAGGGCGUAAAGGGUUCCCUCAUGUAAUCUAUGCUCGACUGUGGCGGUGGCCUGACCUGCACAAGAAUGAACUGAAGCAUGUAAAAUACUGUCAGUACGCUUUUGAUCUGAAGUGUGACAGUGUGUGUGUGAAUCCCUAUCACUAUGAAAGAGUAGUGUCUCCUGGCAUCGACUUAUCGGGAUUGACUCUGACCGGUCCUGGACCCAGUUCAGCUCGGCCAAUCAAGGACGAGUAUGAUUUUGACGGGCCACAGAGUAUUCCCUCUGUUGAGGGGAGCCACUCUCUUCAGACCAUCCAGCACCCCCCAUCCAGUAAUUGUCCUGCUCAGCCUGAAUCAUUUCCAACCCCGAGCCUGCUCCCACCCACUGAGGCUUCCACCUCAGCAUCAGCAUCAUCCUUUCCUCCUAUUCCUGCAGCAUCAAGCAGUGCCAGCUCCAACUGGCCCAGAAACAGUGUUUUCCCACCCAGCAUACCUCAUCACACCAAUGGCCAUCUUCAGCACCACCCUCCGAUGCCACAUCCAACACACUACUGGUCAGUGCAUAAUGAGCUUGCCUUUCAGCCUCCCAUAUCGAACCAUCCAGCUCCUGACUACUGGUGUUCCAUCGCUUACUUUGAAAUGGACGUUCAAGUCGGAGAGACAUUUAAAGUCCCAUCUUCUUGUCCCAUUGUGACUGUGGAUGGAUACGUUGACCCCUCAGGAGGAGACCGGUUCUGUUUAGGCCAGCUCAGUAACGUACAUCGCACUGAGGCUAUCGAGAGAGCACGACUUCACAUUGGUAAAGGAGUUCAGCUGGAGUGUAAAGGUGAAGGAGAUGUGUGGGUGCGGUGCCUCAGUGAUCAUGCAGUGUUCGUUCAGAGCUACUAUCUGGACAGAGAAGCAGGCCGAGCUCCAGGAGAUGCUGUUCACAAAAUCUACCCCAGCGCAUAUAUCAAGGUGUUUGACCUUCGUCAGUGCCACAGACAGAUGCAGCAGCAGGCUGCUACAGCGCAGGCGGCAGCAGCUGCACAAGCAGCUGCUGUGGCAGGAAACAUACCUGGGCCCGGAUCAGUGGGAGGGAUAGCUCCAGCUAUCAGUCUGUCUGCAGCAGCUGGGAUCGGUGUUGACGACCUCCGGAGGCUGUGCAUUCUCAGGAUGAGCUUCGUUAAAGGCUGGGGGCCGGACUACCCCCGCCAGAGCAUCAAGGAGACCCCCUGUUGGAUUGAAAUCCACCUGCACAGAGCUUUGCAGCUACUGGAUGAGGUUCUUCAUACCAUGCCUAUAGCAGACCCUCAGCCUCUGGACUGAGAUGUUCCCAGAAGCUGACCUCCACAGGCAACGGAGUCUUCCUCGGGGGUGGAGAAGAAGGUGAAAUCAAACUCAUAGAACCAUUUUCAUGAGAAAUCUUAGUGCACUGUGGCUCUUAUUUGCUCGUGAUCAAAACAUAAACCAAAGCCAUGGAUUAAUUUUAUGUUUUACAGUUUUGCUAGGUGGCUUUUGUUUUAUGACUGAGCAGAGAAAGAGGUCACAGUUUAUUAACGUUAAAAAACACUAUGAACAUUAAGGACCAGAUCAGAUAUGAAACUGGAACGUGAACAGAAACCACCAGCAGCUUCUGAUGGGCUCGGCGCACAUUAAACACCGUCAGGGUGCUAGAACACCGUCGUUUUCAUCGAAGACCACUCUACACCUGCAGCUACAGCCUUCAGUCGGCCGUCUGGCUACAACGAAAACCAGUUGAACUCUAUAGAUCUUUUCUCAACGUCACUGCCUCUCAGCCAGUGGGAAGACACCAGCGCUGGAACACAGCAUACCAGAUAAUCACAGAUUUCACACAAACCAACCACAAACCAUAUCUGCAGCUGGGCCUCAACCUCUGAACUGAAACAAGUCUGGACUUGUCCAGGUCGGGUGAAGUCACACUGUGGGCUUUGAAAAGACAAGUUUAGCUCAGUGGAUGGAAAAUCUUUGUUUCCCCCUUGUCUAUUAAACCAGUUGAAGUAGCAGCUCCUGGUUUGUGUGGUUGACAGCAAUAUAUGUCAUGUCUGCACUAAUGCUUUUACACACACGCACAAGUAUUUACCGAUACUGAUUCAACUGUGAUUUUAACAUUUCUCAAGAAAAAUUCAACCCACAUUCAUGCCAUCACUUUUCUGUUGUCCUGGAUACUAAUUUGGAUCGUCGUCUCUUUAUGCCUUCAGUCGUGCACCGAGUAGAAGAAAACGAGCUUUGGGGCUUUAGGUUCAGUAGACAGUCCUCACUCUUCUCUGAUGC